GGACAAAUUCGCAUGCAGGCACAUCGUACGAUUUUAAGCUCUUAGCAUAAUCAAAGUUUAUCCAUAUUUUCUACAGGUUGCCAUUAGGGCACUCAUCAACAAUCUGCUCCGAAAGUUACUUGAAGUUAGCUGGUGUGAAAUGUGAAUUUGAAUGAGAACUUCCACAUUUCGGUUUCGAGUUUGAUUGUUUCAGUUUGUAGACAGAUGAACUAAGCCUUCAGAGACAAGAACUUUUCUUCUGAGUUGGAUAUAAGAUAUACAUUGAGAAUGCGGGACCGGACCAAAGAUCUUGGCAAUCCUGCUGAUGUGUCAGAUGAUGAUGUAGAAACCACAGCUCUCAUGAUAAAGCCUGGUUCUGGGAACUCUGCAAAAGAAGAGAAAGAAAAUGAGAGCUUCUUUAAAAAGGUUCAGGAAAUUCGAGAGGGUCUUCAAACUCUUAAGAAGAAGGUGUCUGAAUUAGAGAACAAGCAGAAAACAGUGUUAGGAGUCGCACUCCCAGAGGACGGCAUGAAAAAGGAACUUCAGUCCUUUAGGGAAGACAUCAAAGGCAUGGCCUUCCAGAUCCAAAGGAAGUUAAAAAGCAUUGAAAUUAAGAAAUCUGAAGAUGAUGAAACAUAUAUUCCUAUAAACUUAAGAAUGCAGAGAGCCCAGCAUGGUGUUUUGUCUCGCGAAUUUUUCGAGUUGAUGGGUCACUGUAACACAAUUCAAGCCCAAUACAGAGACAGAAAUGUCGAGAGGAUACAAAGACAACUCAAAAUCACCGGUAACAAUGUGACUGAUGAGAAGCUGGAAUCGAUGCUUGAGAGUGGGCAAACGGAUGUUUUCACACAAAAUAUUUUGAAUGAUACUCAAGCAACCAGGCAGGCUCUGAAUGAGAUUGAGUCACGGCAUGACGAGAUCAUCAAAUUGGAGAGAAGCAUCAAAGAGCUGCAUGAAAUGUUUCAAUACCUUGCAAUGGAAGUAGAAGCACAGGGUGAGAUGGUGGACCGGAUUGAGGAGAACAUAAAGAAUUCUCAUAACUAUGUAGAAAAGGCUGUUGCAGAAACAGCUGAGGCUGUAGAAUCUUCAAAAAAAGUGUUCAAGAAAAAGUUAUGGAUUGCAGGAUGCCUUGCUAUUUUACUAGUUAUCAUAGCCAUUAUUUUGGCUAUCACCUUUGGUUAAGUGUGCCUUUUCAGCAGACCAAACAUUUAGUUUUGUCUUCCUGAAGUUCUGAACCGUUUUCAAACCAACAUGGCUAUGCAAACACAUGACCAUUGUUGAGAUUUAAACUCUUUUGGUGGCUACAGGUGCUUGAAUUUUAAAGUGUUGAUCUUGUUUUAGCUGCUUUCUCCAAUAAGGACAUGAUUUAGAAUUCCCGAAAAAAUGUCAUCUGCUUCACCUGGAUAUUUUGGACAGAUUACAUGAUAGUUUUAACUUUAUUUGAAUUAACUGAAUACUGUACAGUCUGGAUUUCCAAUAUGAUUGACAUCGCUUGGGAAAUCCACUAAAACGUUGUCCGAAUGCAGUGAAAAAGUCAGAUGAGAUUCCUAAUAUAUUGCACUUAGUUCAGUUUGGUAACAUGCUCAAAAAACUAAAUGAUGGGCUGCUUGUCUAUGUCCUAAUGUGUUUUGAUUUUUGUUUUUUUGUGCAUUAUCUGUUCUGAUUUCGUUAGUUUGUGACCGAUGUAAUUUCAAACUUGAAAUUGGUUAAGACUAGCAUCAAGUCACCUGUACAUAUGGGGAAAACCCCUCAUUUUAUACUCUGCUUUUGCAUUUUAUUAUCUGUCUUUCAAAAUACAUCGGCUUCUGGUCACUGAGUAACAUGUUGCAUAUAUGUUGCAUAUAUAUGUAUGUAUGUAUGUAUAUAUGUAUAUUUUAACUCAUUUGUGCUCUGUUGCCGUCAAGAUAUGCAGUUUUUAAGAAAUGAAUAUGUACGGUUACUUGUCUAGUGCCUCAGCCUUUGUGCCUCUUUAAUUAAGGCCAUACAUUUUGGGAGUGCCCACUGUGUGAGAGAGUGAAUGGCAAGAUCACUAAAAGUGCUGUGGAUCUGAUUUCAUUAGGUAGUGUAUGGACUUACUGCCUCAUAUUUCAUGCAUUCUAAUGUAAAGUUACCAUUUUUAA